UGCCGCCGCCACCACCACCACCACCGCCACCAGUUAUGGUGGUGAUGGUACCCUUCCCUGCCCAAGGCCACCUCAACCAGCUCCUCCACUUCUCACGGCUCAUAGCUGCCUAUGACAUUCCAGUGCACUAUGUUGGCUCCUCCAUCCACAACCGUCAAGCCAAGCUACGUCUCCAUGGUUGGGACCCUCUCUCCAUCUCCAACCUCCACUUCCAUGACUUCCCACUCCCACCAUUCCUCACCCCUCCACCUGAUCCUAACGCAUCCAUCAAGUUUCCAGCCCACCUCCAACCCGCAUUCGACGCCUCAUUGCAGCUACGCAAACCCAUAUCCUCUCUUCUCCAUUCCCUCUCCCUCAUCACACAUAGACUUGUAAUCAUCUAUGACCCUCUCAUGGCCUUUGCUGCACAAGAUGUUGCUUCCCUCCCUAAUGGUGAAGCCUACGCCUUCCACAGUGUGUCAGCCUUUGCUAUUGUCUUCUACUUAUGGGAGUCCCUUGGGAGACCCAUUGAAAUCCCUAUUCAGCUCUCUGAUCUCUCACUAGAGGGUUGCUUCACAGCCGAGUUUGAAGCUUUCCUUCGUCGUCAAUAUGAUUUGAUGAGCUUCAAUAAGGGUGAUCUCUACAACACAUGCCAUGCAAUUGAGGGAAGUUUCAUGGAUUUGUUGGGCCAAGAUAAGAGGCACUGGGCUAUCGGCCCAUUAAAUCCUGUCACCCUUGGAAGCUCUUGUGGGCGGCACAAGUGCUUGGAGUGGCUCGACAUGCAGCUCACGGGCUCAGUAUUGUAUGUGUCGUUCGGAACCAUGACAUCGAUGUCGGAUGAUCAGAUUGCCGAGCUCGCCAUUGGCCUUGAACGUAGCGGGCAACGCUUCAUUUGGGUCUUAAGGGAGGCCGACAGAGGAGACAUUUUUGCUAAAGAGAACGAUAUGGAAGUUAGUAAAGCCCAAGCCCAGGCCCAGCUUCCGGAAGGUUAUGAGGAGAGGAUACAAGGAGUGGGCUUGGGAGUGAUAGUGAGAGACUGGGCUCCACAGCUUGAGAUACUGGCCCAUCCAUCAACAGGUGGGUUCUUGAGUCACUGUGGGUGGAACUCAUGCAUGGAGAGCCUAAGCAUGGGGGUGCCAAUUGCUGCUUGGCCCAUGCACUCGGACCAGCCCAGGAACACAAUGCUUGUAACCCAAGUGUUGAGGGUGGGCCUUGUGGUUCGAGAAUGGGCACAGCGGCACAAAUUGGUGGCGCACACUACAAUCGAGAGUGCCGUCAAGAGGUUGAUGGCGUCGGAGGAAGGGAUUGUCAUUCGGAAUAGAGCUAAAGAGUUAGGGGUUGCGGUUUGUCAAUCAUUGGCCAACGGUGGGACUUCCCGUGCCGAGUUGGACUCGUUCAUCUCCCAUAUCUCUAGAUAGGAAGGGGACCUAAUCCAUUAUGUCCAAAGGCCAUUGAGGCAAUCGUCAAACACUUAGCAAAAUUGUUUUAGAUUGAUAGUU